AUCAGAUCAAAAUCUCAAUCUUAAUAAAGUCUAGAGUUUUUACUGGUGAGAAAAUGGCAUUGGUUUCAAAGUGAUUUCAUAAAGUUACAGAAUGAAGAUCAUUUUGCUUUUCGCAGCCUUAUUUUGUGGAUUUCUAAAUGGGGAACUGUUACUGAAUGGUGGAUUUGAAGGUUCUGAUACAUCACCAUGGGAUACGUGGGGAUUUGUGGUUCGUCUGGUAACUGAUGACGUUCAGGAGGGAAACCAGGCUUUGAAAUGUACCAACAGGACACACUAUUACCAAGGUCCCAGCCAAGAGAUAUCAUCGAAGAUUAUACAAAAUGGAAUAUAUUCUUUUACAUCGUAUGUCAAGCAUUUAAACGAUAUACCUGGCAAAAUGUUUCAACGCAUGAAAAUAACAUUGUCUUAUACCUGGGCGGAUGACGGUAAAACGGAUUACUAUGAUAUCGCUGGUCACUCUUUUGCUACUUCAAAAGGUGGUUGGUACAAGUUAGCUGGAGAUUUUAAUGCACCUCAAAGACCAUGGAGUAAAGUAAGUUUAUAUUGGCAAGGUGUUGAUCCUGGAAUAGAUUAUAUUGUUGAUGGUGCUUCUUUAAAAAUGGUUCCCGAGGAUGUCAAUUGGAAGACCGAUGCCAAUUCCAGGAUAGAAAGGCAUAGAAAAGGAGAUUUAAAUGUCAAUGUAAAACAUCCUACAACAAUGAAUCCAAAUGACAUAGAAAUUGAGAUAAACCACAAGAAACAUUUGUUUGGAUUCGGAUCAUUAGCUGAUGAUACUUAUAUAACCAACCCAGAUUAUAAACAGUAUCAGCAAUUCUUCUAUCACAUGUUUAACUGGGCAACUGUUGGUACUUUUAAAUGGAAAUACGCCAGAGGCACACCGGAUAAUCCGGACUAUAGUUUUGCCGUAAACUGCAUGAAUGAAUUAAACAAAAAUGGAAUGAAAGUUAG